AUGAAGACCUCGCAACAAGAUCCGCAUGAUGAAGCAUCUUCGAUGGCAACAGUCACCGAUGAUGCAGAAAUCUCACUACAGAUCAUGGCAUCGAACCCGAACCCAGUUACAGAAAUCAUCAACCGAGCAACGCCACACAUAUCUGGUCCCGAUGCUUUCGAGCCAGUUGCAACGAUCGAAGCCCCAAAAGGUGAAGAGUCUUACAGGGAAGCUGGCGACGAGAUCUUUGAUACGGUAUCUCGAGGACGAAAGAUAGCUAUAGUCGCAGUCUUGUCGUUUGGGGCGUUCUUAUCGCCCAUAUCGAGUACAUCCGUGUUGGCAGCAACACCAGAGGUUGCGUCGACUUACAACACGUCCGGUAGUAUUACCAAUGUGAGCAACGCAGCAUAUAUGAUCGUCAUGGCCUUGUCUCCUCUGUUCUGGGGGCCCAUGAGUCAAGUGUAUGGAAGACGUGUUGUAGCUUUAUCCUCAUCAGCUAUAUUCUUUCUGCUUAGUUUGGCGACCGCACUGGCUCCUAACCUCGCGUCAUUCAUGGUAUUUCGGGCAGCUUCUGCGUUUGGCGGAACGGCGUUUAUUCUCAUUGGACCAACAUGCAUUGGUGAUAUAUACCGCCCUACAGAGCGCGUUGCAGCCAUGGGCUGGUUUCUGACGGGAACCCUUGUUGGUCCCGCCUUUGGACCAUUCCUGGGUGGUAUAAUUGUAACGUAUUCGUCCUGGAGGAGCAUUUUCUGGUUACAGACAGCACUGGCUGCAGCUGGAUGUCUGGGCGUCUAUUUCGUUGUGUCCGAAACAUCUCACCACCUCAAGAUUAAUGAUCUGAAAACUCUUUCGGGUAAAAAGAGGACACUCACGAUCCUGGGCAUGAUCAGUCCGAUGAGAGUACUGCAUCUAUUUCGAUAUCCCAAUAUUGCCUUGGUGGCUGGCGGCAGCGCAUCCUUGACAUGGAACAUGUACAGCCUUCUUACAUCGAUUCGAUACGUUUUAAACCCACGCUUCAACCUCAAGUCUCCGCUGCCCCCGGGUCUCUUUUACCUGGCGCCAGGCUUCGGCUAUUUGGCUGGAACAUUCGCAGGGGGUCAUUGGGCAGACUACACUGUGAAGAGAUGGAUCAAGAAGCGUGAUGUUCGUGUUCCUGAAGAUCGACUUCGAUCUACGGUGCCUUCUAUGGGUGUAAUCAUUCCGGGAGGCAUGCUGGUCUAUGGCUGGACUGUGGACCAAGAGGCUGGUGGCAUCCCGGUUCCAGUCAUCGCCAUGUUUGUGCAGGGCGUUGCGCAGCUGUUUUGUUUCCCGUCGUACAACACGUACUGCCUCGAUGUGAUGCCUGACCAAGGAGCUGAAGUGGCCGCAACGAAAUUCUUUGCAAGAUAUCUAGUCGGAUGCGUGGCAUCAGCGGUAGUUCUACCAGCAAUUGAGGCACUCGGCAUUGGGUGGUUUUCCACCAUAUCAGCAGCGUACUUGAUAACCUCAGCUCUGGCAACUAUGGCUGCGAUUCGAUGGGGGAAGUGUUGGAGAGAAAGAAUGGAGGGAAAGCUUGAGAAUUCGAGGGAGAAAUAG